GUCGAGGACCGGUGGGUCCCCGACGCGCCUCCAGGCCGGCCAUGGCGGGCGCCAGGCCCGGUGUCCACGCGCUGCAGCUGGAGCCGCCCACCGUGGUGGAGACCCUGCGGCGCGGGAGUAAGUUCAUCAAAUGGGACGAGGAGGCUUCUAGUCGGAACCUGGUGACCCUGCGUGUGGACUCCAAUGGCUUUUUCCUGUACUGGACGGGACCCAACAUGGAGGUGGACACAUUGGACAUCAGUUCCAUCAGGGACACCCGGACAGGUCGCUAUGCCCGCCUGCCCAAGGACCCCAAGAUCCGGGAGGUUCUGGGCUUUGGGGGUCCUGAUGCCCGGCUGGAAGAGAAGCUGCUAACGGUGGUGGCUGGGCCAGAUCCGGUGAACACAACGUUCUUGAACUUCAUGGCCGUGCAGGAUGACACAGCCAAGAUCUGGUCCGAGGAGCUGUUCAAGCUGGCGAUGAACAUCCUGGCUCAGAACGCUUCCCGCAACACCUUCCUGCGCAAAGCAUACACGAAGCUGAAGCUGCAGGUGAACCAGGAUGGGCGGAUCCCAGUCAAGAACAUCCUGAAGAUGUUCUCAGCAGACAAGAAGCGGGUAGAGACUGCGUUGGAAUCCUGCGGCCUCAAUUUCAACCGGAGCGAGUCCAUCCGGCCUGAUGAGUUUUCCUUGGACAUCUUUGAGCGGUUUCUGAACAAGCUGUGUCUGCGGCCGGAUAUUGACAAGAUCCUGCUGGAGAUAGGAGCCAAGGGGAAGCCAUACCUGACGCUGGAGCAGCUCAUGGAGUUCAUCAACCAGAAGCAGCGCGAUCCGAGACUCAACGAAGUGCUGUACCCGCCACUGCGGCCCUCACAGGCCCGGCUGCUCAUUGAGAAGUACGAGCCCAACCAGCAGUUCCUGGAGCGAGACCAGAUGUCCAUGGAGGGUUUCAGCCGCUACCUGGGAGGCGAGGAGAAUGGCAUCCUGCCCCUGGAGUCCCUGGACCUGAGUGCGGACAUGACCCAGCCACUGAGCGCCUACUUUAUCAACUCCUCACACAACACUUAUCUCACCGCGGGGCAGCUGGCUGGGACCUCAUCGGUGGAGAUGUACCGGCAGGCGCUGCUGUGGGGCUGCCGCUGUGUGGAGCUGGAUGUGUGGAAGGGGCGGCCGCCCGAGGAGGAGCCCUUCAUCACCCACGGCUUCACCAUGACCACGGAGGUGCCGCUGCGUGACGUACUUGAGGCCAUUGCUGAGACCGCCUUCAAGACCUCGCCCUACCCCGUUAUCCUCUCCUUUGAGAACCACGUGGACUCGGCGAAGCAGCAGGCCAAGAUGGCUGAGUACUGCCGGUCUAUCUUUGGGGAUGCGCUGCUCAUUGACCCGCUGGACAAGUACCCGCUGGCCCCGGGCGUUCCCCUGCCUAGCCCCCAGGACCUGAUGGGCCGCAUCCUGGUGAAGAACAAGAAGAGGCACCAGCCCAGCACUGGCGUCCCAGACAGCUCUGUGCGCAAGCGGCCGCUGGAGCAGAGCAAUUCAGCCCUGAGCGAGAGCUCCGCCACCACUGAGCCCUCCUCGCCCCAGCUUGGGUCCCCCAGCUCCGACAGCUGUCCAGGCCUGAGCAAUGGGGAGGAGGCGGGGCUUGAGAAGCCCGGCCUGGGGCCUCGGAAGUCUCUGGGCGAGGAGGGGCUGCGCCAGGGUCCUGAUGCUCUUGGGCCUGCUGACCGUGAGGACGAGGAAGAAGACGAGGAAGAGGAGGAGCAGACAGACCCCAAAAAGCUGACCUCAGAUGAGGGCACAGCCAGCAGUGAGGUUAAUGCCACUGAGGAAAUGUCGACGUUGGUCAACUACAUUGAGCCUGUCAAGUUCAAGUCCUUUGAGGCUGCUCGAAAGAGGAACAAGUGCUUUGAGAUGUCAUCCUUUGUGGAGACCAAAGGCCUGGAGCAACUGAAAGAGAGCCCCAUGGAGUUCGUGGAAUACAACAAGAAGCAGCUCAGCCGAAUCUACCCCAAGGGUACCCGCGUGGACUCGUCCAACUACAUGCCCCAGCUCUUCUGGAACGUGGGCUGCCAGCUCGUCGCGCUCAACUUCCAGACCCUGGAUGUGGCGAUGCAGCUGAAUGCAGGUGUGUUUGAGUACAACGGGCGCAGCGGCUACCUGCUCAAGCCGGAGUUCAUGCGGCGGCCAGACAAGUCCUUCGACCCCUUCACUGAAGUCAUUGUGGAUGGCAUCGUGGCCAACGCCUUACGGGUCAAGGUGAUCUCGGGGCAGUUCCUGUCUGACAGGAAGGUGGGAAUCUAUGUGGAGGUGGACAUGUUCGGCCUCCCCACUGACACGCGGCGCAAGUACCGCACACGGACCUCACAGGGGAACUCGUUCAACCCCGUGUGGGAUGAGGAGCCCUUCGACUUCCCCAAGGUGGUGCUUCCGACGCUGGCUUCACUCCGCAUUGCAGCCUUUGAGGAGGGCGGCAAGUUCGUGGGGCACCGGAUCCUGCCUGUCUCUGCCAUCCGCUCAGGGUACCACUACGUCUGCCUGCGGAAUGAGGCCAACCAGCCACUGUGUCUGCCGGCCCUGCUUGUCUACACCGAGGCCUCCGACUACAUCCCCGAUGACCAUCAGGACUACGCAGAGGCCCUGAUCAACCCCAUUAAGCAUGUCAGCCUGAUGGACCAGAGGGCAAAGCAGCUGGCUGCCCUUAUUGGGGAGAAUGAGGCCCAGACUGGCCCUGAGAUGAGCCAGGAGCCCCAGUCUCAGCAGCUGGGCUCCCAGCUGCCUCUCAAUGCCACACUCAGCCAACUGGAAACAUCUGCCUGCCGAAGCCCCGCCUCUUGUGCCCCCCCUACCAGUUCCUCCCUCACCAGCCCAGGCCAGAGGGAUGACCUCAUUGCCAGCAUCCUCUCAGCUCAGGGCCAUCACAGCCUGCCUUUGCUCUGCUGCUCAGAGGUGGCCCCGACCCCGCUGGAUGAGCUCCGAGGCCACAAGGCGCUGGUGAAGCUUCGGAGCCGGCAGGAGCGAGACCUGCGGGAGCUGCUCAAGAAGCACCAGCGGAAGGCACUCACUCUCUCGCGCCGCUUGCUGAACAACCUGGCGCAGGUCCGGGCGGAGGGCAGGAGCCGGCGCCGAGGGGGGACUGCUGAAGAGGAGGAGGAGGAGGAGGAGGAGGUGAAGCGGUACCAGGAGUUCCAGAGGAGGCAGGUACAGAGUCUGCUGGAGCUGAGGGAGGCCCAGGUGGACACGGAGGCUGAUCGGAGGCUGGAGCACCUGAGACAGGUUCAGCAUCGGCUCAGGGAGGUUGUCCUGGAGGCACACACGACUCAGCUCAAGAAGCUGAAGGAGCUUAAUGAGAGAGAGAAGAAGGACCUGCAGAAGAUCCUGGACAGGAAGCGCCACAACAGUAUCUCGGAGGCCAAAACAAGGGAGAAAUAUAAGAAAGAAGUGGAACUGACGGAGAUUAAUCGUCGGCACAUCACCGAGUCUGUCAACUCCAUCCGCCGGCUGGAGGAGGCCCAGAAGCAGCGGCACGACUGCCUGGUAGCUGGGCAACAGCAGGUCCUACAGCAGCUGGCGGAAGAGGAGCCCAAGGUGAGGCCAUGGGGCAGGCGGGCAGGUGAGAAAACUGAGGCCCAGAGCAGAAGUCGUGUGUCCCAGACCACAGCUAAACCAAGACAUCCUGACCUGGAGGUUCAGGGUGGGCCUGGCCCCUCCAUAGCGGACAGUCCAAGGCCAGCCUGGAAGAUGAACAGCAUGGAAUGGCAGAGACAGCGAGGGUGCCGCCAGGCUCUGCAGCAGGGUCAGGCUGGCCCUUCUUCAAGGCCUCUCCUAGCUUUCUGGCGCAUCUGGGGCUGAGGCCUCCCUCCUCCAGAGGAAAGCAGUCUCUUAUCUGGGCUUGUCUCCUGCCAACUGAGUGCUUUGCUUUGCUUUGUUUUUGCUGUAACCUCAGACAAACAGGUGGGGUGGGAGGCCCAAGAAACAGAGUAGGGCCUUUCCGGGCCUGGGGAUGCUCUCCCCUGGGCCCUCCUCCCUCAGGGUCAGUAUCAUUGCCCAGGCCCUCUCUGCCUCUCCUGUCAGGCCUUGUUCAAUCCCCAAAUCUGCCCUCUCUCCUCUUUUCCAUGUCUAGGCCCCUCAGCACCCUCAGGUCCCCCUGAGCAGCCAGCUCCCAUGCUCUGGACUCUUCUCACCUCCACUUAAAUCAACACUACCUGAUCCCACGUCAGUGCCAGGUCCUUAAAGACCAGACUAAAGUCUAAACUCGGUGUGACACUCAACCCCCACAGAAGCCAAACCCCUGCUGCGACCCCUCCUACCUCCCCUCAUCUCUUCAAGCCUCAGCUCUAACUUACCUCCUCCCUGAAGCCCUCUCUGCCUGCCUUGCAGAAGGGAGCCGCCCUCACUCUGGUUGUGGGCCCCUGUUAGGGCACUAAGCUGGCGGUAGCAAGCUCCAGCUGGGGGGCCGUGGCGGCAUCAUCUCUGUGUACCCAGUAAAAGCACUGGCUUGGUCUACAGGGGGCGCCAAUAAAUCUUCCUAGAAUUGUGCCCGGAGCUCUGGUCCCAGACUCUCAUGGAGCUCCCCCCAGUCCCACAAUGACCCCUCGCGGCCGGGCUGGGCCUGCCCGGCCCGUUCGGCUGUGCCCUGAGCAGCGCUGGCCCUGCGCCCGCCACACAGGAGCAGCUCACAAGGACUGACCCACACAGGAACAGAGGACCCUCCCUGGGGGCCGCGGCACGGUCUGCAGAGCACGGGUCCCGAUUACCACUGAGAUAAGGACUUUAGAGAUAAGGACCCGGAAGCCUCGGUCCUCCCUGCGGCCUGGGAGCCCCGGGUCUCCAGCCCCGGACAAGCCGCUCGGAGAGAUCCCGCUUCACCUACGUGUAAGCCCGGGGAAGCCUCUCAGUGUUAGCACUAGCCCUCCCGCGAAGCCGCGGCAACGGACAGAGCACACGCGGCGGCACAGACGCGGGCUUUAUUCGCACAAGGGGCCGCGAGCACGGGCCCGGGCGUUACCCGGGAGUAAAGGCUACUGGCGCAGGAACGGUUAAGCCCGGCUCGCUCGCGACUUGGCGCAGGCGCCUGAGGCAGAGCAAGCGCCGAAGGGCAGGGCGGGGCCGGAGAGCCACUGGAACUUCCGAUGAGGUCGAAAGGGUUCGCACCGGAAGGGAAUCGGGCUCCGGCUCAGGCCGGUUCCCUCCUAACGGGAGGGAACGGAUCCUCUUUUUGCUUAAGGCCUGCGGAAGACUUCCGCCCACACCCAAGAUGGCCACCGGCGGCUGCUGCGGGAGUGGGUGGGGCCUCGGGAACGUGGGACGUAAGGUCACUGAGACGGGGCGGAGCUGCCUCUCCCCAAAUUCCGAUCCCACCAGGCCUGGAUGAUGCGUGUCCAGCUGGGGCUUUGCCGCAUCUGCGUUGCUGUGCCCGCGCUCUUCGGGCGAGGAAGUCCCUUCGGAGUAGGGAGACGGAAGGGUUAAAAGAGCUCACCCGGGUGGCCAGCUUCGGAAUCCGACCUCUGCAUGAGCCCCCACGGGAGAUCCUAGAGCCCUCAGCUCCCAGAGUGAACGCCGGGCCCGUAGGAAUCGGUGCUAUCACUAUCCAAAAAAACCCCAAACCUGUUGCGGUCAAGUGCAUUCAGACUCAUAGCAACCCUGUAGGACAGGGCAGAACAGCCCCAUAGGGUUUCCAAGGAGAGGCUGGUGGAUUCAAACCGCUGACCAAUGCGCCACCAGGGCUCCGCCAGCACUACAGAUCACAGAAACUCCGUGCUGGGGGCGGGGCUGCGGAGGCGUACGAGGGGGGCAGAGUGGGGGCACCUGCCCUGAGGCGCAAAUCAAAGGAGGCGCCAGAGGGAUAACAUGCGGGGGCCCACAAAUACGAAAGGCACCUGGCCUGACUGAGGCAGACGGAAAAGAAGGGAAGGCCUUUCUACUGAAGCGCCACCACUAUCAACAUCUAUUCAUCUUGAAAUGGGGGGGGGGGUGCAAUUUAGAGAUUGCCCCUGAGCGGGGGAGGCUUAGGACCCCAUUAUGGCAGCUCCAGAGCUGGAGAUCUAGCACCUGGAAGAUGGGGCCGCAACUCAAGAGUUAUAGAGGUGGCCUAGAAGCUGGGGCCGAAAACCUGAAAAGGGCUGGCAGGAAGUACAGAUCCUAGAGUGCCUCAUGCUCAAAGGAUUUGGGGAACCCUGGAGCUUUGAAGGAAAGGUGGGGGAGGGAGAGGUUUGGCCACCUGGAGAGGGCAGACUUAAAGGGUUCAGGGAAAGGUCAAGGUGUGUGUGGGGAAUGGGGAUCAGGAAAGGGACCUGCCGGAGGUUGGGCAGGAAGAGGGGUGAGGUCUAUAGAUCAGUGUGCCCUGGGACUCAGGAAGGGACAGGCCAGUGAGAGGGUGUGAGAACAGUGGCAUCACUAGGGUUGGUGUCACCUGCCCCAUGGACUUCCUCCCUUACAAGACAAUACAGAAUCCUUAGUAAUGUUUUGUGCUCUGAUGGUACUUGUAAAUUGUAAUUCUUUUCCUUUAAUUACUACUUCAUUCUCAAAAAACUUAUUGAUAUAAGUUCACGAAUACUAAUCGCUACAGUGUUGUAGCUAAAACAUCAGAAAAUGUGACAAAAUCUGCGACUAUAAACACCACCAGCAGCGUACCCCAAGGAGACCUGAUUUAAAGCGGCGCUGUAAUUGGGUAACAGUGACAGCUCUGACUGAAGGGCAUUAGAAGGUUCAGGAAGUAAGUUAGCCUAGCGUUUUAGCCUUGUAGGUAUAUGGAUGCAUGUAAGCUGGGCUUACAAAAAAUGUUUUUGCUGUUAUAACUACAGAGAUAGUCUUAUAAAAAAUAAAUUCCUGCUGAAACACUGCACAAAAAAUUGUAUGGACAGUCAUUUUAGUGUCACCCCUCUCUGACAAGUGUCACCCAGUACAGUUUGCACCCCCACACCCACCUAGUGAUCCCGUUGUGUGGGAAUACAGGGCCCACACCCUGGGGCUGGUGCUCACCUUGAAAUAGCCCUGGAACUCAUCACUCAUCCUGCGGAGCUCACGGCCAUAUCUCUGUGCAGCCCAGAGGUUGGGGGGCGCUGAAAGCGAGCGACCCCGAAAGGGGCUGGGAUCCUCCUCCAGCCCUUCAGCCUCAUCAGACCCUGCGGGGUAUGAGCUGUGGCGACUCCGGGUCUCCACAGCCGCAGCACC